CCUUUUUUUUUUUUUUUUUUUUUUACUCCUCUCUUUUUCCUCUCUCUCCUCCCCCCACACAAACGCCCUUUAAACCUCGAUUUAUCACAUAAAAUCAACCUGUCUAAUGACCUCGAUCCCUCCUCAGAAGCAAGGCCUUCAAGGACAGAGCGCUUCCUCUGACACCCCCGCGAACACUUCCUCUUCGUCGCCCGCGCCGGCUAACCGGUCGUCCUACGCCAACGCCACCAGAAAGUCCGCGACGGACUCGACCGCCGCGCCCGUCACCGUGGGUGGCUCUUCGCAACAUGGGCAGUCGACCUCAGCAUCUUCUGUGAGCGGCAAACCCAUGCAACAACAAACAAAUACCCCCUCUACCUCCUCCCCCGGCGUCACCAUCGUCAAUGGCGCUCCCGCUUCCCAGCAGCAGCAGGGCGACCACUCUCGCAAACCUUCCGUGACCAUCACCUCUGCCGGUACUUCGGGCUAUAUCCCCAACGGGGGUCCUUCCAGUCGUCCCAACAGCUUGCAGUUUGGUUUUGCCAACCAGCAGACUUCCCCCAUGGGCAAUCCUGCUGUUUUGGCCGGCCAGCCGCAGUCCGGGUUGGGUGUGUCGCCUUCCAUGAACCCCCGCGUUACCUCGCCUCAGACCUCUCCGUCGCCUAUCCCCCAGCCGGCUUCUAGCGGUGGUCGUCCUCCUCCAUCGUCUUACCAGUCGCAGGGAAAUGUUCCGAACUUUGGCAGCUUUGGUGAUGCCGGUGACGCAAACCGCCCGCAAGCCCCCCUUGGUCCCGGUCCUCAGGCGACCCAUCUCCGUCGUGAAUCCUCCCAGUCUACGCAUAGCGAUAUGAGCAACCAGAUUGGUGGCGCUCCUGCUGGUCCCGGUCGUGGUGGCUAUGGUGGCCGCGGCCGCGGAUACUCGCAGUCGGGCUAUCAGGGUCAGAUGCCCUACUCGCCGGGCCCGAACUUCCGCACGCCCAACCAGCCUCGCGGCGGACCCAACAUGGGCCCACAGUUCCCUGGCAACCAAGGCCGUCCGCUCGCCCCGUUCCCCAAUUCGCCACACCAGGCCAACCGCAGCCCAGCUCUGGCCAACGCUCAUCCCGCGACGACUCCCCAGAUGAACCAGGUCCCCAUGGCUCCUCCCCAGAUGCCUCCUCAGCCGUUCGCCUACGGUCAGCACAUGGCUCCCCAACCUGCUUACCCCCAUGCCUACGAUCCCAACUACGCCUACUACAACCCUGCCGCCUAUGGCAUGGGUCAGAUGCAGUACAUGACUCCUCCGUCGCCGCAACCGCGCCCCGGUAUGCCUUUUAACCCCCAGGCUCCGUACAUGCAGAACCAGUACCCGCCGCAACCCCCCACCCAGGCGGCUCCUCUGUCCCGUACGCCAUCGCAGGUGUCCAACAACGACCGUCCCAACUCGAGCCUCGGCCAGCCUCAGCCGCCGGCCGGUCCUCCAGGCGCCGGCCACGCUCACAAUGCCAGCCGCUCGUCCAACAGCCCCGCCCCCAACAAGCCUCAGUUCGUCCUUCCCUCGACAAAGAGGAGCCCCAUCGUCAUCAAGGACCCUGGCAGCGGUGCCGUCAAGACUUUCGACACCAAGGGUCCCGGCUCUCCUGCUCGUGCUACACCUUCGCCCGUGAAGAUGGCCACCCCCACUUCCACCCCCCCUCCUCCUCGUUCCAACAACGGCCCCGAGCACCAGCGAUCGGAUAGCAAGGCGACCAAGACGGACGAAGAGAAGAAGAAGGAGCUGAGAGACGCCGUCCGUCAGAAGCUCGAGCAGGAUGAGGCCGAGCAGCGUCGCAAGGAGGACGAAGAGCACAAGAAGAAGGAUGACGAGGAAGCCGCCCAGAAGAAGAAGGCUGAAGACGAGGAAGCGGCGAAGAAGAAGAAGGCUGAAGACGAGGAAGCGGCGAAGAAGAAGGCCGCCGACGACGAGGAAGCGGCUCGCAAGGCCAUGGAAGACAUGAGCCUGAAGGACAACAAGGACGAGAAGAAGGACGAAGCAGCAGCAGCAGCAGCCAAACCGGCUGAAGAGCCCAAGCAGGCCCCUGCACCGCCCGCUGACGACGAUGACAUUGACUUCGAUGCCAUCGAGCGGGAGUUGGCAGAGGUCGAGGCGAAGGAGGCUGCUGCGGAAGCCGACUACUACGCCAAGAAGCAGCGCGAAAAGGAAGAGAAGGAGCGCAAGGAGAAGGAGGAACUCGAAGCGUACGAGGCCAACAUGAAGAACGCCGAACGUGAGGCCGAGGCUAUCGAAGAGGAGCGUGAGAAGAAGCGCGAGGCCGCUGAGGGCAAGGAUGGCCUUUCUUCGCUUAAGAAGGCCGCGACCGAGUCCAGCACUCCCGCCGAGAGUGGUGCCUCGACUCCUGUCUCCGACGUGUCCAUGGGCCCGCCUGGCAAGCCGGCCAGUGCCGCCAAGAAGCCCGCUGCGCUCAAGCUCGAGACCAGCAAGGCUGUCGAGCCUCCUCAACCCAGCGCGGCUAUGAAGGCUCUGCAGACUGCCCGCUUCGUGGCUGAUCUGAGCAAGAUCUCCUACCCUUCGUCGGUCGCCUCUCCCAACCCGGCUCUGAACGCCAGCGCGCCCACGGAACGCAAGUUCCACUACAACAAGGAAUUCUUGCUGCAGUUCCAGGCCGUCUUCAAGGAGAAGCCGUCCGUCGACUGGGAUGCUCGCGUGCGCGAGACUGUGGGCGAUACUGACUCGUCGCGUCCCCAGUCCGCACGCACGCCUAUGACCAGCCGCACUCCUUCUCGCACGGGAGGUAUGCCUCAGCCGUUCCAGAUGGGAACAUUCGGCGCCCCGAACCGCCACAGCUUGCCUCCGAACACCGACCGCAUUGCCAUUGCCAACGCUGCCCGCACCGCUUCGAUGAACAACCCAUUCGGCCAGUUUGGUCGUCCCACUGGCAUGGGCAUGGGUCCCAUUGGUGGACGCACCGGCUCCUCCGGCAUGCCUGGCUCACCUCGUGUGGGCUCCAACCGCAACAACACCCGCAACAACAGCAAGCGUGCUGAUAAGCACCAGGCCAAGAAGGAAGAAGACAUGGCCAAGAGCAUGCCGCUCACCGCCAGCAUUGACGUCAAGCCCCUGCAGGCCUCCGGCAGCGGCUGGAAGCCUCGCAGUCUUGUACAGCCUGCCAGCGCUCAGGCUACCCCUGCCCACAUGCCUCCGGACAUGGUGCAGCGUAAGGUCAAGGCUGCUCUGAACAAGAUGACCCCCGAGAACUUUGAGCGUAUCGCCGGUCAGAUUCUGGAGAUUGUGUCGCAAUCCAAGAUAGAGAACGACGGCCGUACCCUGCGGCAAGUCAUCCAGCUCACCUUCGAGAAGGCUACCGACGAAGCCCACUGGGCGUCCAUCUACGCCAAGUUCUGCAAGCGUAUGCUUGAGACCAUGAGCCCCGAGAUCCAGGAUGAGAGCAUCCGCGACAAGACCGGCGCCGUCGUCACCGGCGGCAGUCUCUUCCGCAAGUACCUGCUCAACCGUUGCCAGGAGGAAUUCGAGCGUGGCUGGAAGGUCAACCUGCCACCGAAGCCCGAGGGCCAGACCGAAGAAAUCGCCAUGCUGUCCGACGAGUACUACACUGCCGCCGCUGCCAAGCGUCGUGGUCUUGGUCUCGUCAAGUUCAUUGGUGAGCUGUACAAGCUGGGCAUGUUGACGGAGCGUAUUAUGCACGAGUGUGUUAAGAAGCUGGUCGACUACGAAGGUAUGCCUGACGAGGCUGAGGUCGAGAGUUUGACCAAUCUCCUGCGUACCAUUGGUGCUAGCUUGGAUGUUUCCGAGAGAGGACACGCCUUGAUGGAUGUCUACUUCAGUCGCAUUCAGAUGAUGAUGGAGACCGAGGGUCUGCCCAGUCGUAUCCGGUUCAUGCUUAUGGAUGUUAUCGAUCUGCGCAAGUCCAACUGGAUGUCCAAGGAUUCCGACAAGGGUCCCAAGACCAUCCAACAGAUUCGCGAAGAAGCCGCCCGCGCUCAUCAAGCAGCCGAGAUGGAGCGCAUGCGCCAGCAGGCUUCUCGCGGUGGUGGCGGUCGUCCCCAGAUUGGCCGCGGAGAUGCCCGCAACUUCUCAUACGGUCAGCAGGCUCCUCCUCCGGACUAUGCUUCUAGCAAGGUCGGUAGCGACGAUCUCCGUCGUCUGCGCACGGGCCGGACCGCCAACCAGCCCAUGUCGUUUGGACCCUCCAGCAUGCUGGGCUCGCGCAGCAACAGCCGUCGGAACCUAGGCCCCGGUGGCAACCUGGUCCGUGGCAGUGAGGAUAGUGCGGCCAGCAGCCGUACCGGCACUCCUCCGGCCGGCAAGAAGGAGGACAAGGAGGCUGCUUCUUCGAUGAACGCUUUCAGUGCUCUCGCCAGCUUGGAAGACCGUGACAACUUGGCCACCUCUCCUCCGUCGAACCCUACGUCACCUAUGCUCACCAAGGCUCAACCCGCAGCUGGCCAACCGGCAAACCCCCCGUCCAAGGAUGGCGGAGCAUCAUAGAUCUCUUUUGACUUGGAAUGUUGAUGAAAAAAAGUCGUUCUUUCUUGAAUUAUGACAUCUUCCCCUUCUUUUUUCUUUUACCAUUUAUCUCUGUUUUAUCCAAUCGACGUAUGUACAAUCAUCCGUUCGACGUAACAUGGGGGUUUCGAAAUUCGAAAUGGACCAUUUGUUCGUUUGUUCGAUUUGGUUUGGCAGGAGAUAUUUUCUCUUCAUCUGUUGAUGUUCCCUUUUUCUUUUUACCUUUUUUUCUUUCUCCCUACUGCAUUUCCAAUACCCGGCAAGCCAGAGGCUUCUUUUUCUUCCCCUUUC